GGCAAGCGCACCAAGGCUAAGGCUAAGGGUGCUAAGCGCGAUCUGGCCGAGGACCACGAGGAGGAUGAGCACGACCUCGAGACUCGCGAGCCUCACCACCAAGGCAAGCGCACCAAGGCCAAGGCCAAGGGUGCCAAGCGUGAUCUGACCGAGGAAAACCACGACGAGGACGAGACUGAGCUCGAAACUCGCGAGCCCCACCACCAGGGCAAGCGCACCAAGGCCAAGGGCAAGAACUAGCUUUUUGCUUCCUGAUUGGGUGUGUGUGUGUUUUGAAGGAAUAUUUUUUUAGCGGAGCGGAUCUGCGAUCCCACUAUACCACCACAGGGCUGUCGAUAUUGGUUGUAAUGAAUAUUUUGCAUAAAAACGCCGUGAAUCCUGG